UAUCUCGCUGACGCGACACCUAGAAGCGGCUGGAGGGAGCGUGAAAUCGAUCGAGACAUUCGCUAUUUCGAACUUCGAACCAGUAUUUUGACGGAGCGAAGAACAGAGCCACAGAGCGUUCGCAGGUGUCGAAUAGACAGUUGACAAUCAUUCUAAACAGCUUGAUUGAGACAAACCGGUCGGCCGACGAGAGUUCUGUUAUCAUGGUCCUGAUGCCAAAAGAGUCUGCCAAGCUAGUUGCCGGCUUGGCGAAGCACGUGUUCAUCGAGGAGGCGGGUGUAAAGAAAUUGGCACUGGCGGUUCUCGAUGGCUUGAAAACCGGUAAGAUUCGCGAAGGCAAUUUCUCGCAAAUCAAAUUCCACCCCAAGCCCGAUGAUUCCAGAGCGGCAGACUGGAUAUUCGUGCUGGACACGUUGAACUUCUCAUUUUGGACCGAGACGGGCGCGAAGAAGUGGAAGGUCAACGGGGAGACCGGCUACUUCGCGUUCUGCGCCGCUGUCAGCCGUGCCAUCGACGACGGAAAGCCUAUGUGGGAUCCCAAGUAUUACUCGCAAAUAACGCAGCAGGAUGCCGAGGUCAUCUUCCGGGGUGACGACGAUGUCGGUAUUCCGCUUCUACAGGAGAGAAUUAAGAGCCUGCACGAGGCUGGAAAGGUCCUGUUGGAUAAGUACAAGGGCACAUUCACGGAGUGUAUCAAAUCGUGCGAGGGUUCCGCGGAGAAGUUGCUCAAGCUGAUCGUUAGGGAGUUUGACUCGUACCGGGAUGAGGCCGACUACGAGGGACAUAGAAUCAGCAUCUACAAGAGGGCUCAGAUACUGAUUGGCGACAUCUGGGCUUGCUAUGAGGGACGUGGGCUCGGCGAGUUCCGUGACAUUGACAGCAUCGCGAUGUUCGCCGAUUAUCGUAUCCCCCAAGUGCUCGUGCACUAUGGCACGAUGCGCUACAGCAAUCCGCUCAUGAGCAAGCUGAAAUCCGACGAGCCGUUGAAGCAGGGCAGUCCAGAGGAGGUCGAGAUACGUGCCUGCUCGAUUGAGGCGGUCGAACUGGUGUGCAACGAGGUGCGAAGAUUGAUUACAGCUGAUCCGAAACUGGGCUUGAAUUCCACGGAUGUCAACGCGAUCGUGAUCGACCACUAUCUGUGGGACUAUCGGCGGGAGUACGCGCAAGAAUUGGAACACAUACCGUUCCACAAAACGAGAACCAUAUACUAUUAGAAGGUUGCGCGGGACGCAACGAUAUUGCCUAUUGAAAAGCCAGUUUCCCAAUCCCAUCUAUUUCGCUUUGGCUAUAUUUUAUUAUAUUUUUAUGCUGCACUAUAUGUAAAAAGUGAGAGAAAAUAAAAUAAAGUUUAUUAUAUUUUCCAGUA